AUGGUCUUCACUAUCCCCGAACUUCCCAAGUACGAGCGUGGCCGUCCCCUGCCGUCCGUGGAGGUGGCCUACCACUACAAGCUGCCCAACUGCCCCGGCAAGUCCUCCAUCGGCAUCCUCGUCACCUUCCCGCCCAACGCGGCCACGCCGCCUCACAAGCACGCGGGGGCGUCUGUGUCAGUGCUGGUGCUCGAGGGCACCGUCAUCAACAAGAUGAACGACGAGGAGACCAAGGUGCUUACCAAGGGCGAGAGCUUCUUCGAGGCGCCCUGCUGCCACCACAAGGUCAGCAACAACUACAGCACGACGGAGCCGGCGAAGCUGCUAGCGACCAUGGUCGUGGACGACGAGGUGGUUGACAAGGGCGGCUACGGCGCGCUGACGGUUGUCGAUGAGGAGUUUGCCGAUAUUAAGCUCUAA